AUGCUCUACAAUGCCCUGAUUCGCACACACCACAUCACUUCGCGCAAAAAAGUUGCUGCCCUCAAACGCGCCGCCGACGCACACAAAUGCCACGUGCUGCUCCGGUCCGGGGGCUGCCCCGGAAUCAUGUACGUCGAGGGCUCGGACAAGUCGAGCGUCGACGAAUGGGUUAAUGUGGUGCGGAAACUGCGAUACAAGGACUUUCAACUUGUUACCAGGCCGGGUGCCGUGGAAGGUGAAGGAGUCGACGGGGAGAAAUCCAGAUCACCUGAUGCAGGUGUGGAUGUAGGUCUUGCUGAGGUGGACAGUGUCAGGGAAUUUGGGCAUCGCAUGGAGGAACGUGGGGUCUGGAAGUGGUGGAGAAAAGGCAUGGGAUAUCAGCCCUGA